AUGGCGGAUAAUUCUUCGAAAUUUAACCUCUGUGGUCUUCCCUUUGAGCCUGGUAGACUCUUCGGUUCCGAGCUGGAUAAGAUUAUGGAAGGCCUUGCUGAUAAAAAAGGGAAAUGCCUUCCUGUUCAGAGCUUUCGUGGGCGUGGAAGAGGAAGGAGUGGUAGAAACCAGGGAGCUUCUAGACCUCAGAAGCACCAGUCCAACCAAAAACGUGGUGGGGGACGCAGUCGCGAAAUGAGCUUCCUUCAUAGAUCUAAAGAUCCUGUAUUAGAAUGGAGGAAUACCACCCGAGUAGCAGAAUUUAUCCUGUUGGGUUUGCCUCUAUUUUCAAACAAUUUGGCCUCAUUUGUACUUAUCAUAGUUACCUACAUCUUCACAAUGGCUGGAAACUUUCUUAUUCUGUUUCUUGUCUUCUCAGACCAGCGCCUUCAGAGCCCCAUGUAUUUUUUUCUCUGUAAUCUAUCUAUUUUGGAUAUUUGUUUUAUCAACACCACUAUACCAAAAAUGCUACAUGGAUACACCCCUGGAGGGAAAACCAUAUCUGUGCCUGACUGUCUAAUGCAAUCCUAUUCAUUCUUUCUUCUCGGUGUUGCAAAUUUUUUACUUUUAGCUGUGAUGUCCUUGGACCGUUAUGUUGCCAUUUGUUACCCUUUACAUUACUCUACUAUUAUGCACCAGAAGCAAUGUGUGAAGCUCAUCGUAGCUGUGUGGGCCGCUGCAUUUUUCUCUAUUCUUGGCCUUACUAUCAGGAUAGUCAGAUUGCCUUUUUGCUCCAAGCUGGUAAAUCAUUUCUUUUGUGAUGUCAUCCCAUUGCUUAAAAAUGCCUGCGUUAAUACUGCAGCUAUCCACUUACAAGAGAUCAUCACGUCUUCCAUUAUCUUGCUAACUUCUCUCUUCGUGACCUUGGCCUCAUAUAUUAAUAUAGUGAGAAACAUUUUGAAAAUCCAGUCUGUGGCAGGAAGGCAAAAAGCUUUCUCCACUUGUUCUUCACAUGCACUGGUUGUAUCGCUGGCUUAUGGCAGUAGUAUUUUUUCAUAUAUAAAACCUUCUCAAGGCCAGAUUAAAGAUUAUGAUAAAAAAGUUGCACUCCUGACCACUAUAAUAGUCCCACUUCUUAAUCCUUUUAUUUACACCCUUCGAAACCAAAAGGUAAAAUCUGUACUGAAGGAAAAGUUGAGGAACAGGACUUUUGUCAAUUCUAUUGUAGCCUCAAAGCACUUGUCUACUGUGUGAUCUUAAAGGGCUACUCCACUGGAGCGUCGGAAUUAUUACUUACCGAUAAUUUGCUUUUCAUGACUUCAUCAUGACAGCACCAUCGCCA